AUGGCCGAACCAGCAAUCCUGCGCCAACUCUUUGUCCAAAUCGGCCUGACUCAAGCCGUUGCCGACACUAUUGUGGACGAUCACAAUAUCAACAGUACCGCAACUCUGACCAAGAUCAAGCCUGACACUGUCAGCAAACUUGUCAAGACCCUUCGACACCCAGGAGGCGGUGGGGGUGGCCACGCAAUCCCGUUCCAAGUGCAGCAAGACAUCACUGAUGUCGCAUGGCUCCUAAAACACCGUGUCCGCACCUCUCGCGAUCUAGCUAUUCCGACCAUUGGCCUCCCUGUCCUAACUGACGAACUUGAGAUCAACAGAGAUCAUGAAGAGCAAUGGACCGAACCAAGCUCCCUCGAUAUCGAAAUCACCCGCAACGACUGGAACAAAACGUUCCGUACCAUUGAAGAAUCCCUUACAAACUUCAAAGAAGUCCACGGUUGCCCUUUGAGCUAUACUAUUCGUGUCGCAACUGCCAUCCCAGCUGAUCCGGAUCCAUCAACCGAUUAUGCAUCAAUUGAGGACGAAAUUAUUGCCCGUGCUCCUAUGGUCAACGCCCAAGGAGACUUUGUUGCCACAUUCCGCACUGACAAUACCACCCUCUGGAAACUUUUGAGUGCGCUAUUCAAAGACACUGUUGACUGGACUGACAUCAAGCAUUGUGCCAGAACAAAGGACGGAAGAACUGCAUUUCUUGACCUAAAAUCCGCACGGCUUGGGGCCCAAUACACCAACAAUGUCUCCGCCGAAAUUGAGAGACGCUGGUUAGCUUUAUCCUACGCAGGACCAAAACGCAACUGGAAGUUUGACGAUUACGCCCGCAACCACAAGGAAUGCUUCCUCCUCCUUGCCGAGCUUGAUGACUACCAAGAACCUGACGAGCGAACCAGAUAUAUAUAUAUAUAA